UUUGUUUGUGUUGGAGGGAUUUUUCUAUCGGUCUGUCUGAAACGUGUGUGUAACCUACUGCUGUCUGUGGUAGUGGAAUAUCAUGGCGGCGAACUACCAAAACGUCACCAUAUCUUUAACACUGCCGAUUUCAUGUCAAAUUUGCCUCGGAAAGGUUCGUCAGCCAGUGGUGUGCUGCAAUCACCAUGUUUUCUGCUCUAUCUGCAUGGAGGUUUGGCUUAGCAAGGCCAGCCAAUGUCCUACCUGUAGGGUGCCCAUCACCCCUGACAACCCCUGCAAGGAGAUCAUAGGGGCGACAAAUGAGGGUGAUGCUCCUGCAAGUCCAACCAUGAAGAGACGUCUGAGGAAGACCAGAGGAGAACUGCUGUUGAAGGAGUAUGAGGAUGAAAUCGAGAGCCUGGUGAAGGAAAAUGAGGAGUUGCGAAACAAAAACCGCGCCUCUGAGACGCAACUCGAAACGUUCCUGGAGCCCCGCACCGUAUCGGUGUCCCGCUGCGAGGAUCGGGGCCUCGACCUCGCCGAGCUGGAGGAAUGGGCCGGCAAGCUGCGGGCAGCCACUGACCUCUACGAGAAGGUCAAACAGGACGUGGAGAAGCUGAAAGAGGCAAACAAAACCUUGCGAGCCCAGAACGUGGACCUUGUCCAGGAGAACAUGCGUUUAAAGGCUGAGGUGGAGAGUCGCUCUCCACAGAAGUACGGCAGGUACACGGUAGCGGCGCUCGAGGCCAAGAUCCAGCAGCACGAGCGAGACGUGGCUCACUUGAAGAGGGCACUGGAGAGGAGCGACUGCUACAUCGAGGAGCUGGAGGCGCAGAGAGACCAGGUGGCAAAUGCCAAGACAGACGCCGCCGAGCCCAAGGAGGAUGCCCGCUCGGAGGGCACCUGGGUCGGGGACCUCCAGACAGAUGGUCCCCUGGGCGAUCGGAUCACCGCCAUGCGCAGGAGCCUGAGUGGGAUGGAGGAGAAGUUGGUGCGCACAGACUUGGACGGGGAGCCGUCCUGGGACCAGGGCCUUCUGCUGACGACAACGACGACGACGACGACAACAAUGUCCGAGGGAUCGCUCCAGGAUGUUGCCACCCCUCACAGAGCCAGGGGGGACGCCGGAGAGCACGCAGACGCCAGCUUGCCCUCGGCCGGCUUCGCCAGCCCGACCACGCCCUCCACAGCUUUCCACAGCCUGAGCCUGAGAAGCCCAUUGGUGCAGAGCGAGGGGAGGAUCAGGCGUGGGUGUGGCCAGGGCCGAGGCCCCCUCUCUUACCUGCGCAGGCUGAGCUUCGAGGGGUGUGGCUCCAGCGAAGCCUCUGCAGCCACCGAGCAAAAACCCGUCGCUUCCAAAACGCACCCGUGGGUAUCACCGUGGGUGACCAAGCAGUCCCUCCCAGGAGCAAACGACACUCUCCCGUCCUCAGACGUCACCCACACCACCACAGGCGGCCCGAACGUCUCCAGCGAGGCCUGCAUGGAUGCAGCGUAUCAGGAGAAGAUGAGUGAGUUGGACUCCCUGAUCUCUGAUGGCGAAGGCCCGAGCGGAGCCGCCGGAGCUCGCCUGCCUUUGCCCACUGCGGGGCAAAGCAGUGGCCAGGUGACCGCUGGCACCACUAAGUCUGAACUGGGCUUAUUAGAUCAGACCAGUGCCACCGGCACAGAUGCCGCCUCGAGGUUGGAGGAAGACGUGCAGGAAAGCGGGCAGGGAAUGAUGUGUAGACCCAAGGUGACCCUCAUGACCUCUGUUGGGUUAAGGUCAUCCUCAUCACUGCAGGCACCAUCAUCAUCAUCAUCAUCAUCAUCAUCAGUGAUUGCAGCCCCGGUGACCAAACGCAGGUGUCCCAGCGGCUCUGUUUCCUCCAGUCCAUCCAAGCUGUCCAGAUGCAGCCCUUGAUCUUCCCCGCUGGCAUCCUGUGGUGAAUGUGACCACUUGAUAAAUGACCCAGAUGAAGCCUUUAGGCUUUAGGAUCGCACCCAGCCUAAGUCUGGUUUUUAGCAUUCAGUCUGCUUUUUAGAGUGACAUUUGAACUGACACCUCUGAUCUUAAAUUGUGGCUAAGGUUUUGGGGGUUUAAAGGUCUCGAGCAGAGAGUGAACGUUGGCUGUUAUCAAAGUCACACAAUUUCUCAUAGGCCACUGAUCAUGCUGAUAUUGUGUCUUGGAAGUUGUUUUUAAGUCUCCUUUGGCCAAUUAUGAAUGCUUAGCUGGUAGCCUAAAGUGAAUAUGGGAUGGUUUUAAAUCAUUUGUUUUGACAAUCUCAAAGAAUGAAAACUUCAUAUUUGAUGCCACAUGUCUUUUUUUUUGACAGACUAUGAUCUGGACAUGUUUUCGUACUCCUUUAUUUUCACAAUACAGCACCACACUACCCACAUAAUCAUGUAAUUGUAAACACUUUUUUAAACAAAAAAAGCCAAUAAAAAUAAAAAGCAGUAAAUGG